AUGGGUUCUGCCCGAUGGGUUGUCAACGCCGCCGCCGCCGCCGCCUCUCUUCGGGUUGCUGCAAAGUGGAAGACGCACGCAGCACGCCCGCCCCCUCCAGCAGCCAAUGCAGCCGUGUAUGCCUUGCCUAACGUGCAGGCCGCGGCAGCGGCGAGCGGCGGCAAGCUGUUUGGCGUGUGCGUGCUGGAGCGGCUGCCCGUCAUCAUCCCCGACCCGCCAGAGUGGGAGCAGGAGCACCGCGAAUGGCAGCAGGCCAUCACAGAAAAGUAUUUUAAGGUGCUGCCCAAGGAUUUUGUGGAGCUUAAAGACAGCGAGAGGCAGGCGGAUGAUGCAGGGGCCAGGUACGAGCCAGCGCCUCGCAUCACCGCGGCCGACAAGGCCAACGAUAGGCGCUCGUUGCAGCGGCGGCUAGACCAGCGGCUGUUCAUGCUGGUGCGGCCAAAGGGCGGCAGCGGCGGCGGCGCAUGGUCGCUCAUGCAGCGAGAGAACCAGGAGGGCGAGACGAUGCGGCAGACGGCGGAGCGGGCGUUGGCAGAGUGCGUGGACGAGUCGGUGGUGCAGCCCUAUUUUGUGGGCAACGCGCCGGCGGGGCACGUGGCGCUGGGCGAGGCCGGAACGCUUUUCUUCCACAGGUGCCAGCUCAUACAGGGCGUACCGGUGCUCAGGGGCGGCAGCGGGUACAGCGAGCACCUGUGGGUGGCCAAGGACGAGCUGCCAGAGUACAUCCAGCAGCCGGAGCUGCUGCAGCUGCUGCAGAAGAUGCUGUGA